AAGCACUGGUUCUUGAAAGUACGUGAGCAGUUGAAGGCACCAUGCAAGGGAAAGAGCAUCAACCCCAACCGCUGCGGCGUGUUUAGCAGUCCGUUGCUUACUAUGAUGGGGCUUAUUAUGGCUACCUAAGGGAAAUGAAAUGACAGAAGGAAAAGCAAAGGAAGCUACAAAGAGACCGUUGAUGGAUAUGGAUAUCAGUGUUAGUAGGACCGAGAUUAAGAACAGAAUAAGGCACAGAAUGAAAGAAAGGUGACGAAAGCAAUGGGAGGAAGAGAUGAAAGGGCGAUGGUUUAACAAAACAAAAAGGAAAAUAUGAGAAAUGAGAAGCACAGGAAGGAGAAUUUCGGUCCACACUCCACACCAGUUGGUGGCGGUAAUGCAUAUAAAGAAGAUGAAGCAGUCCGCGGCUACGAGCUGUCCUUUCACGCGAGGAAGUUUUCGGUUAAAACUCUGUAGAUAGAGGACGUGGCUGCAGCAAUGGGCCCAGACACCACACCUGUCCCUAAAACAGAAUCUGCAGAGGAAAGUCCAGAAAUAGUGGUGGUGAAAAUAAUCUCAGACCCAGAUUCCAGUGAUGCUUCAGUGGCCGAGCCAGAAAACAAACAGCCACAGAGCAACACAUCAGACAAGUGUUACCCUUGCACUGUUUGUGGCAAGAUAUUUGACAGACCGUCAAAGCUGGAGUGGCAUAAACCUGUACACACGAGCAAGCCCAAGACUCUUCAUGAGUGUGAGCAUUGUAGUAUAAGCUUUACAAAACAAGAGAUGCUGAUCCGACACCGGAAUUGCCACAGUAGGACUAACAAGCACCCCUGUCCUGACUGUGGAAAAGUGUUCAAUAGACCCUCAAGGUUGGAGAGGCAUAAACGCACACACACAAAACAACCCAGGGUACCUCAUCAGUGUUCAUACUGCAUGAAGACUUUCAGAAAACUUAACAAACUCAUUCGUCACAAGCGUAUGCACACUGGAGAGAAGCCUUUCACCUGUUCGGUCUGCGGUAAGGGAUUCUCCGAGUCAGGUCACUGCAAAGCACACGAAAAGACACACGAGGAGCAGCCAGAAAAACCUCACAGUUGUGCAGCUUGUGGGAUGUGUUUCUUCAAGGCCUCGGCGCUUCGUAGGCACUUCCUCUCCCACACAGGAGAGAAGCCUUUCAAAUGUACCUUAUGUGAGAGCUGCUUCUCUCGCUCUGAGGGACUGAAAAGGCACAUGAGGAGGAACACAGGGGAAAGACCAUACAAAUGCAUUAUCUGUGGCAAGCAGUUUUAUUCUCGCCAGGAUUUGAAUAUUCACGUAUUGACCCACACUGGAGAGAAGCCACAUCUUUGCCCUGUGUGUGGUAAAGGCUUUUCACAGCUGGGCAACAUGAAAGAGCAUGAACAAAAUGUUCAUAUUAAGUCAGAGAAAUAUAUUUGUAAUGAUUGUGGAGCAACUUUCUCACGAAAUGCGUCACUGACAAAGCAUCGGCGGACACAUACUGGAGAGAGACCCUAUUUGUGCCUCAUCUGCGGCUGCAGGUUUAAAUGGAGCCAUUCUCUCAGCAGACACCGGAGGUCACACGCACACAGACAGAUGGCUGGGGACACAUCCAAAGAAAUACUAAGUUUUGAAGGACCUUCAGAGAAUCCCGACAGUGUGACGUGCAGAUGUUUCCUGUCAACGAAAGUUGAGCACCCUCAGUGGCAGAUGGAAGUCUCUGAGUCUUCUGAGGAAGAAGAGAUGCUGGCGGGCUUUCUUAACCAGGGAUAUAAAGCCACUAUUCUGGAAAUCACUCUGUGCCUCACCUGGCUGCCCUCCUGCCAUCACACUCCAUCUGGAACCUCUCCAUGCCACUCAGCUCACCCCGGAUCCCUGUCGCCCUCCUCUCAUCGCUCUGUUUAUCCCCUGCAAUGUGACUGCUUAUUGCUCAGCUCCAAUCAGCUUCUCAGGCCCCGUAAGGAGCAAGAGGCCUCCAAGUUUAUAGUAGGCAAUGACAAUCGGCUUAUUAUUGGUGUGUUAGUGAAACACUGUGGUGAUGGAGGCCAUGCUCUCUGCCUGCAAAGAGACCUACAAGGGGGUUACACAGAGCCGUGUGAAACUUUUAAGAGCAUUGCACUCUGCAAGAGAGACUUCAAGAUCCAGUCCCUGGAACUUUCAGAACCAGCACUGACCACUUUCAGUUUCACGUGCAUCUUUAAGGCUGCAGCAAUGGGCCCAGACACCACACCUGUCCCUAAAACAGAAUCUGCAGAGCAAAGUCCAGAAAUAGUGGUGGUGAAAAUAAUCUCAGAAUCAGAUUCCAGUGAUGCUUCAGUGAUCACCGAGCCAGAGAACUCCAAACAGCCACAGAGCAACACAUCAGACAAGUGUUACCCUUGCACUGUCUGUGGCAAGAUAUUUGACAGACCGUCAAAGCUGGAGAGGCAUAAACCUGUACACACAAGGAAGCCCAAAACUCUUCAUAACUGUGAGCAUUGUAAUAAGAGCUUUACACAACAAGAGAAGCUGAUCCGACACCAGAAUUGCCACAGUAGGACUAACAAGCACCCCUGUCCCGACUGUGGAAAAGUGUUCAAUAGACCCUCAAAAUUAGAGAGGCAUAAACGCACACACACAAAACAACCCAGGGUACCUCAUCAGUGUUCAUACUGCAUGAAGACUUUCAGCAAACUUAACAAACUCAUUCGUCACAAGCGUAUGCACACUGGAGAGAAGCCUUUCACCUGUUCGGUCUGCGGUAAGGGAUUCUCCGAGUCAGGUCACUGCAAAGCACACGAAAAGACACACGAGGAGCAGCCAGAAAAACCUCACAGUUGUGCGGCUUGUGGGAUGUGUUUCUUCAAGGCCUCGGCGCUUCGUAGGCAUUUCCUCUCCCACACAGGAGAGAAGCCUUUCAAAUGUACCUUAUGUGAGAGCUGCUUCUCUCGCUCUGAGGGACUGAAAAGGCACAUGAGGAGCCACACAGGGGAAAGACCAUACAAAUGCAUUAUCUGUGGCAAGCAGUUUUAUUCUCGCCAGGAUUUGAAUAUUCACGUAUUGACCCACACAGGAGAGAAGCCACAUCUUUGCCCUGUGUGUGGUAAAGGCUUUUCACAGCUGGGCAACAUGAAAGAGCAUGAACAAAAUGUUCAUAUUAAGUCAGAGAAAUAUAUUUGUAAUGAAUGUGGAGCAACUUUCACGCGAUACAAGUCACUGACAAAGCAUCGGCGGACACAUACUGGAGAGAGACCCUAUUUGUGCCUCACUUGCGGCCGCAGGUUUUCAUGGAGCCAUUCUCUCAGCAGACACCGGAGGUCACACGCACACAGACAGAUGGCUGGGGACACAUCCAAAGAAAUACUAAGUUUUGAAGGACCUUCAGAGAAUCCCGACAGUGUGACGUAAAAGUUGAGUGUUUAUUAAAAGCACAUUUCCUCUUCAUUUAGUUUUGGUGAAGAGAGAGGAAGAAGCUCAUUUCUGUUCUAAUGACAUGUUAUUUAAAGUUCUUGUGAUGAUUCACCUUUCUGCUCUCAUUGCUGACUGUCCACUAAAUUCUUUUUUAAAAAUCUCAGUUAGGACAGGGCAUCAGGUCAGUGCUUGAAGAUGUGUUCGCUGAAGUCUGUAUUAAUUGGAGUACAGCAGCAGUUAAAAUUUUGGAUGUGCCUAGAAUAUCUACUGUUUGAUCUCACAGCUCAGUGUAGGUCUGCUCUGUUCACAGUUCACUGCUAUGACAUGUGGUGUGGUUAGCGUUUAAGAAUAUUUCAUAGUUCUUUACCAAAGGACAAGAUAAUAGAAUUGCCCUACCAAAUGGCUGGAAAGUUUCUCUGGACCUACAGUUAUAUCAGUACAACAUUUUGUAUGGUGCAGUGCAAACCAGGAUGUAGCUAAGCAUUGCUUCUUUCUGCAGUUUAUAAAACAAAGUGUACUUUCUUUUAAAAAUAUUUGUUACCUAAUUUGCCAUCAUAAUAAGUGUCAAAUAUGCAGAUUUUGCAUUUACAGCCAAUUACAGUAUUUUUUUCAGCAGUUAAAUCUUUACAAAACGGUUAUGCUCUUCUAAAUUAAAGUAAAAAAGAAAAAUGAACUGCACUAUUGUCCUCUGGGCAGGACCUGCAGUGAUGUCACAGUGGCCAGAGGUACUCCACUCUUGAGUGCAGUAGCAUUUUUAAGCUUGUACAAGUUGUGAAAAAAAAUUAAAUGAACAAAGAACAUUGUACUUUUUAAGUUUUUAUAUCAGUAUAAUUUUAUAUUAGAUGUACAACAUAUAUAUAAUGUAGUUGUGUAAUCCAAUGAUUUUUAUCUUAUUCAUGCACGAUAGCUUACAUUCAAUAA